UAACACUGACAAGUGCACAUAUUAUAGUCUCCCUGAGUGAACGGGUGAAAAAAUCACAGCAAUAAUUGCAGCAGUGUCAAUUGCCAGUGGAGUGAACGGACCGAAAAAUCGCAGCAAGACUUACACAGAUAGGCAUUCAGUAUGUUCGCUAGCAAAUUAUUGACCUGCUCAGCAUUGCUAAUGCUAAGUGGCGCAGUGCUCUCUCAAAAGUUGAAAAGUUUGCCGGGUGCCGAAUUUAAGAUUCCAGAUACGACUUCGGAACUGACCAGCACAUCCACAUCAACCUCAACGACUUCGACAACCACAUCCACCUCAACUUCAACGACCACGCCGCCAAAAACCUCCACAACCUCUACUGAGUCACCAAAGACGACGACCACACCAGGACCAGUGCCUACCACGACCCAUGCCCCUCAACCUUAUCCGGCUCCCUCUGUGGGCACCUGGAAUGCCUCCUGCAUUAUGCUCCAAAUGGCAGCUCAAGUUAACUUUACCUAUGAGGCAAAGGAUGGAAACUUCACCCACGGCCUGUAUAACAUCCCCAGCAACGCAUCGGUUGAAGACGUGGAGUGUGCAAGUCAGACAUUCCAGGUUAUUCAUCUGAAUUGGGGUCCUGAUAUUUCCAAGCAAUCGUUUUUGAUGUAUUUCGACAAAAAGAACGACACCACCGUGCUCUCAUCCAUUCAAAUCCAUCUGAAUGUGCUGACCGAAGACUUUCCCGAUGCCAAGGAAAACCAAACGAUUCAACUGAUUCACAGGGGGGAUGGAGAGUUCAAGACACCCGAAAAGAUGUCAUACCACUGUACUCGCGUUCAGAAGAUGAAUUUGACCGAGACCCUGGAUGCUAAGCAGUUGAUUGGAUGGAUAAGCGUCAGUCACGUCCAGGUGGAGGCGUUCCGGACCUCAAACGCCACAGGAUUCUCUGACGUACAUGAUUGUGACAGCUCCGAAACGUCGGACGUGGUGCCCAUAGCCGUUGGCAUCGCAUUAGCCGCGCUGAUAUUGGUAGUUCUCAUAUCGUAUCUGUGUGCAAGGCGUCGCUCUACCUCCCGCGGGUACAUGAGCUUCUAAAGGAAGAACAUUUGCUUCUUUAGGGCAGGUUUGGAAUGGAUUUUGAGGAGAAAAGCAAAUCGUUAGAGAGAAAAUUAAGAUUGAAUUUAAUAAUUGGAAGCUGUCUGUGAGUAUGGGAAACGAUCCAAAUUGUUUUGUAUCUUUUGGUUUGUUGAAUUUAAAGUGGUUUGUUUUGUCCAAGACAACAUAAAAUUCGCGAGAGUGGGAGAAGACGAGAAUUAAAGAAUCUUGAAUCGAAAUAAUGGUUGAAGAAUAUCAAGGAGUAUGAUCUAAAACGCUGUUUAUGUGUCUGUAACUGUCAAAAUUUGUACUGUAAAUUUAAAACAGCUCACUCAUUCAAGUUUUUCAACGACACAAUUUUCUUAAGAAGAUCAACCAAAUUUUAAACUUGCAAUUAAUAGAAGCACACAUUUUAUUCAAUAAACCAAUCAGCUAUAUGUAACUAACGUGUCAUUCAAAUGUGGUGAAACGGAGCGAUGGCCUGGGCUCUGCCUUUAAUAAUUAUGAUUAAAACGUAUUAUUCGCAUAUUUGACGAUACCAACGGUCAAGUUUUCUUUCCAAACGGUCAACACUUAAAAUUUUCAAACAUUAUAUCGGAACGUCAAUAUGUAUGUUUUACUGGCCUGAAAAGCGCAAUAAAGAUUAUAUUUAAAAUAAAAAAUAAA